GCACCGACGUGUUGCCGCUUAGCUGUUAGCUUGUAGAGAUGGCCGCAGACAAGCAAAACGAAGCCAAAGUUUCUUCUGCGGACGACACUAAGGAAAAUGUUCCAGAAGGGGGGCUUGGUUUGGAAAUCCUACAAAUCAUCAAGGAGUCCCAGCAACAGCAUGGCCUGAGACACGGCGAUUACCAAAGAUACAGGGGCUACUGCUCCCGUAGGCUGCGUCGCCUUCGCAAGACUCUCGGUUUCAAGAUGGGCAACCGGCACAAAUUUGUUGGAAAGAAAAUCACUGUGGAAAUGAUUUCUGACAGCAGGUAUCUCUUACUGGUUUUGAUGGAAGCAGAGCGUGCCUGGAGCUACGCCAUGCAGCUGAAACAAGAGGCCAACACAGAGCCAAGGAAGCGAUUCCACCUCCUGGCUCGAUUACGCAAAGCUGCCAAGCACAGCGAGAAGCUGGAGAAGCUCUGCGAGAGCCCCCGUGUCGACGCCAAGACCAAACUAGAGGCUCAGGCCUACACCGCAUACCUGACUGGGAUGGUGGACUUUGAGCUGCAGAAGUGGAAACUUGCUAUGGAGGCCUUCAACAAGUGCAAGACCAUUUAUGAGAAACUGGCCAGUGCGUUCACUGAGGACCUGGCUGUUCUGUAUCGUCAGCGUGUGGACGAGAUAUCGCCCAACAUCCGCUACUGUGCUUACAACAUCGGUGACCAGAAUGCCAUCAAUGACUUGAUGCAGAUGAGGCUGACAGGGGGGGGAGGGGGCAUGAUGGCUGAGAAGCUAGAGGCCCUGAUCACUCAGGCAAGAACAAAGCAGGCAGCCACGAUGAGCGAGGUGGAGUGGCGAGGACGGGCCGUUCCUGUGAAGAUCGACAAGGCUCGGAUUUUCCUGUUGGGUCUGGCAGACAACGAGGCGGCCAUCGCUCAGGCGGCCAACGAGGAGACCAAAGAGCAUCUGUACGAGACUCUGCUGGCUGAGUGCAGAGACACCAUCCAGGCCGUGAGAGAAGAACUGAAGAGUGAGGCGAAGCAGCGAGAACGGAGCUCUGACGGUGAAAGUGGGAAGGUGUCAAACCUUCAGUUCCUUCACAGUUACCUGACCUACAUCAAGCUGUGCACGCUGGUGAAGAGGAAUGAAAGCAUGGCUCACACUCUGCAGGCCAAACUGAAGGAGACCGAAGCCGACGAGAACAAGAGGGGGCCACGUCCCCAAGAUCUCAUUCGACUGUACGACAUCAUCCUGCAGAGUCUGGCUGAGCUCUCCACCCUGCAGGGGCUUGAGGAAGACCACUCCUUCCAGAAGGAGGUGUCUCUGAAGACUUUGGUCUACAAGGCCUACAGGUGCUUCUUCAUAGCUCAGUCGUAUGUGCUGGUGAAGAAGUGGAGUGAGGCGCUGGUGUUGUAUGAGAGGGUGCUGAAAUACGCUAAGGAGGUCCAGUCCAAAGCAAAGGGUCUGAACAACAGCCUCAAGGAUCUCCCUGAUGUCCAGGAGCUCAUCGCUGAGGUCAAUGCAGAGAAAUACUCACUUCAAGCUGCUGCCAUUUUAGACACUGACGAGCCUCCUGAAGUGUCCACUCAGCAGCAGGUGAAAGACAGCACGCCUCUGUGCGACCACCUGGACACCUUCCGUCUGGACAACACUCUCGUUGGAAAAAAGCCCAAUCUGGUCCAGUUCCCUCCAGACUUCCAGCCGAUCCCCAUCAAGCCUCUGUUCUUCGACCUGGCCCUGAACCACGCCACCUUCCCUCCGCUGGACGACAAGGUGGAGCAGAAGGGCAAGGGCGGCCUGACCGGCUACAUCAAGGGCAUCUUUGGCUUCGGCAGCUAAGCCGAAGACUCGUCGCUGGACGGCAACGAGGCCCCGGGUUUCUCAGAACCACCCGGACCCGGUUCAUUUGUCCGCUGGAGUCACUUCAGUUCCAUUUUAAAGUUUAUCAUCUGUAGUGCCUGAUUGCACAAUGGGAGGAACGUGCAGGUGUGAAGACGACAAAGAGAACCUGAUGUUUAAAGAAUUAAAUCAUUUUUCAGUAGCA